AUGGCGGCGCUGCCGCUGCCGCCGGGGCUGCGCCUGCGGCUCCGUGAGGGGAUCCCGCCGGACCCCGCCCGGGAGACCCCCCGGGAGCCCCCCCAGCUCCCCCGUCAGCCCCUGCCGCCCUUCACCUUCGCCCCCCGCCGCCUCCGCCUCGGCCCGCAGCACCCGCUGCUGGAGGACGGGGACGUGCACAGGCACCUCUACCUGCAGGGCGUCCUCACCAGCCUCGAGGAGGUGGCCGAGAGACCCAAGGUGUCCGAGUUCAGCUGCCACAUCUCCGGGUGCUGCCAGGUGUUUGACACGCUGGAGGGCUACGAGCACCACUACAACACCCUGCACAGGAAUGUCUGCUCCUUCUGCAAGCGCUCCUUUCCCUCAGGGAACCUCCUGGAUAUCCACAUCUUGGAGUGGCACGACUCGCUCUUCCAGGUCAUGGCCGAGAAGCAGAACAUGUACAAGUGUUUGGUGGAAGGCUGCCCGGAGAAGUUCAAGAGCAGCAAGGACAGGAAGGAUCACUUGGUGACUGUGCACCUUUACCCUGCUGACUUUCGGUUUGAUAGACCCAAGAAAGUGAAAAGUGUCCCCAAGCACACGAGCUGUCCCACGGAGCAGGGCCCCAGCGUGCCCAUGGAGGUGAGCGUGGAGACAGCAGAGCAAUUCCAGCUGGACCCCAUGGAAACAGGGCCUGGUGAGGACAUGGAGAUCCCUCAGCCUGCAGCCAGCCCUGGCCCCUCACUGCCAGAGAAACGGCUCUACAAAUCCAGGAUCCCAUCCACAAUUUGCUUUGGACAAGGUGCCACCCGAGGAUUUAAAGGACCAAGGAAGAAAGUCUGAAGG